AUGUCAAGGCAUCACACAAUAGACAUGUCAUCAGCUAACGACGGUACGACCGAUAAAUACUCCAUCAUCCUCCCGACUUAUAACGAGCGCAAGAACUUGCCUGUGAUCAUCUGGUUGCUGGCCAGGACAUUUGAGGCCAAUGGGAUCGAUUGGGAGAUCAUCAUUGUAGACGAUGCGAGUCCGGACGGGACGCAGGACGUCGCCAAGCAGUUGGCGGGAGUGUAUGGCGAGGACCGAGUAGUACUAAAGCCUCGAGCAGGCAAGCUAGGCUUGGGGACAGCAUACGUCCACGGCCUCAACUUCUGUACCGGCAACUUUGUGAUCAUCAUGGACGCCGACUUUUCACACCACCCCAAAUUCAUCCCCGAGCUCAUCCGCCAACAAAAAACGCACAACCUCGACAUUGUCACCGGCACGCGAUACUCGUCUCACCCCAAACCGGGCUUCUUGUCCGGCGUCAAACCAAUAGGACUGGGUCCGGGCGGGGUGUACGGCUGGGAUCUGAAGCGCAAGCUGGUUUCGCGCGGAGCCAACUUUUUGGCGGAUACGGUGUUGCAGCCUGGGGUCAGCGAUCUGACGGGGUCGUUCCGACUAUACCGGAAACCCGCUCUCCAGAAUAUCAUCUCUCAGUGCACGUCCAAAGGCUACGUCUUCCAGAUGGAAAUCAUCGUCCGGGCUCGCGCAUUAGGGUACACGGUCGGCGAAGUACCCAUCACGUUUGUGGAUCGGAUAUAUGGCGAGAGCAAGUUGUCGGGGAGUGAGAUUGUGGGCUAUGCCAAGGGCGUCAUGUCGCUCUGGUGGGGAGUCUAG